GGCGCGCCGCUCCCAGGCGUCCUCGCAAGGUCGCUCUGCCCCGCGGGAGCGCGCGUCAGUGACCGGUCCCAGGUCCGGGGGGCGCGCCGUUUCCUCCUGGGGUACCAGCGGCGACAUGACGGGGUACACGCCCGAUGAGAAACUGCGGCUGCAGCAGCUGCGAGAACUGAGGCGGCGAUGGCUGAAGGACCAGGAGCUGAGCCCCCGGGAGCCGGUGCUGCCCCCGCAGAGGUUGUGGCCUGUGGAGAGAUUCUGGAACAAGUUUCUGCAGGACCCGGCCCCCUGGAAGAACCUGGUCUAUAAGACGUACCGACACAGUUUCCUUAUUUUUACUCAUGUACUUAUACCUGCCUGGAUUAUUCAUUAUCAUUUAAAAUAUCAUGUGGCUACAAAACCAUAUGGCAUGGUUGAAAGGAAGCCCAGAAUAUUCCCAGGUGAUAUAAUUCUGGAGACUGGAGAAGUAAUUCCACCAAUGAAAGAAUUUCCUGAUCAACAUCAUUGAAGAUUAAUUUAAAAUUUCAAAGGCAUAUGAACCUAAGUUUUGUUGCUACAUUACCAUAUUUACUGACUAUAUUCUCUGGAAAAGGAACUUUAAUAAAGUUUACUCUCGGA